AUGUCUGAACAAGACACUCAUCCAAACAAAUUCAAUAUACUGCGAAGUAUGUAUAAAUACUACAUCGAUUCAUAUAAUGCGUUGUAUCAGCUUAAAACUGAAAAUGAAGGAGAAUUAAACUCGAUUUACAAAAUGAUUAAAACCGAGUUAAUUGAUUCAAAGAAUUAUUCUCCUCAAAAUAUUAUCAAAGAUAUUUUAAGCAUCAUUCCGUUUAAUAACCGCUAUACAAAGUCAUAUCUGACUCUUGCCAAAUUCAUAACUGAUGAUUAUCAAGUAACAGAGGUCACUAAAGUUUCAGUUGUUUCUAACUUCAUAUUUUAUAAAGAAUAUGGAAUUAAAUUAGACAAAUCUGCUGAUUUCGAAAAAAAUAAACUGAUAAAUCUCAAUAUUCAUACAGAAAAUACAAUUUACAAAGCAAUUAUGUAUAAUGACAUAGAAAGAUUCAUCUUUUUCAUUGAAAGCGAUGGAUUUGAUCAAGAUCAAAAAUUUGAAUGCAGUUUAUAUCCAAAUUCUAAAGAAGGGUAUUCAUUACUUGAAUUAUGUUGUUACCAUGGAGCUGUUGAUUGCUUCAAGUUAUUAAUAACGAAAUUUGACCCAGAAAUAACUGAAAAAUGUUUAGAAUUAUCAUUUUUAGGCGGAAAUCAAGAGAUCAUGAAUAAAUGUUUGAAAUAUCAAAAACCAAAUAAAGAUUGCAUGAAUUAUGCCAUUAUUUCACACAACAUUGAUUUUGUUUCAUUCUUAGUGAAUGAAUUCGAUAUUGAAAUCAAUCUAUAUUAUUGUGGCAAUUAUAAUAAUCUUGAAACGUUUUUAGUUUAUUACGAUCAAUCUAAUGAUGUUAACAGAUGCUUUGUUUAUUCAGCAUCAUUUAAUAUUCUAUCUCUUUGCGAAUAUUUCCUUUCAUAUGGUGCAAAUAUCAAUGAAAAAGUUAAAAUGGAAAAACAGCUCUUCGUUAUGCAGCAGCUCAUAAUAGUAAAGAAAUCGUUGAACUUCUUCUUUCACAUGGUGCAAAUAUAA